AGUUAUUACGAAUUGGACCACCGCAGAAGAAACAACGGCUCUGUACAAACACAUACAUAUACUAAAAAGCAGUGGCAGUUGUCGGAAAGAAAGAAAAAGCUACGAGCAGAGUCGGUGCAGAGGAGAGAGAUGCUCUCUCCUUUCCUUCUUUUCGUAAUUUAUUGCGGCUUUUGGGGGAAGAUAUGAUUCGGCUGAAACCUGAUCGGAAGGUUGGUUAGGGUUUCGGUUCUAUCUUUCUCGGGAUUCCAAUUCAAAUAACCAGAGGACUGAAGUUCACGCCUGCAAAGCGACCACUGCUACCAGUUCUCUUCGCUUUUCCCGGUGAUUCGUAUAUAUUAUUAAUGUACGAUUUUGGUUUCAUUGUGAUGCGUGAAUCGUCCAGUUGAAGCAAAGCUUCAGCGUCUCUCCUUAACUACUUUUCUAUUUCUGGAUAGAGAAGUAGAGAUGUGCAGAUGGAUAGGAUAGGACGAUGUCCCGUUCGUUGAAUUUGCGGAUCACAUGCCUCUCCUGAUUGCAACACGUUGAAAAUGCUGGUGUUUCUGUGAAUCGAUCGAAUGGCGACUCUAUCUUUCACUCUCUAUGCGUGCAUUUACUAAAUGAGAGUGAAUCUCCUGAUUGGGCAAGGCUUUCAGAGUUCUUCUCACUCCAUUCGUACAGUUUUUUUUUUCUACGCAUAGACGUAUUGAAUCACUGUGAAUCUUUUGAUUCAAGCGAAGCCUCAGAUUUCAGAUUCUACUGAGUGCUUUAUGUCUUUGAAUUCGCUCUCUAGAAAUUGAUUGAUUGCUGCCAAAUCGUGUCCGUAAUACGAUUCUAUCACUCUAUAUACUCGCACGCACGCAAACACACGUAUAUUUUACUAUCUAUACACAUGUUGUUAUUAAGUUUGAUGGAGCUUUGAGUUCAACAACGGCUGUUGAUACAUACACGUCUGAAAUGUCAGAAUUGACGGGAUCGAGAUCGUGGAAAGAAGAGCUGGUGAGCCUGAUGGAGGACACGGGGGUUCGAUACACAAGCGACGCAGUUGGGAUUUCACCCCCUGCUUUUGAGAAGAAAAGUUCUGAAUUCGCCCUCGGCGAGUCGCCCGAGGGGGAAUCGGCUGAAACGGAGAGCUUGAAGGAUCAGGUCAAAGAAUUUGCGAAAGCUUGGGGCGAAAUGAUUCUGAAAUUGGGAAAAGGUUGCAAGGACAUUGUGCAACAGAACGUCCUGACUGAUGAUUCAUAUGUUGUGCAAAAACUGAGAGGACCAGUAUCAAAGGUUUCUGGUAGACUGAAUUGGCUAAAUGAGUAUUUGCCUGAAGAUCGUGAUCCGUUCCAGGCGUGGUCAGUGAUAUUUUUCGUCUUCCUCCUCGCGUUUGCCGUAUUAAAUGUAAAUAAUCAACACAAUAGCUCAGUGCCACUGGUGAAGAAAGUGUGCAUACAUCCUCCCAGUGCUACUCGUAUACUACUUCCAGAUGGUAGACACAUGGCAUAUCGUGAACAAGGUGUUCCAGGUGACAGAGCUAGACAUUCCUUGAUUGUGCCACAUGGUUUUCUAUCCUCCAGGCUUGAAGGUAUACCGGGAAUAAAAGACUCACUGCUGGAAGAAUUUGGUGUUCGUAUAGUAACUUAUGACCUCCCUGGUUUUGGGGAGAGUGACGUCCAUCCAAAUAGGAACCUCAAUUCCUCUGCUCUGGAUAUGCUACAUUUGGCAAAUGCUGUUGGAGUAAAAGAUAAGUUCUGGGUGUUGGGGUUUUCAAGUGGAGCGUUGCAUACUUGGGGUGCACUUAAAUAUGUUCCCAAUAGGAUUGCAGGCGCAGCCAUGUUUGCUCCAAUGGUUAAUCCAUAUGAAUCAAGCAUGACUAAGGAAGAGAUGUCCAGGACUUGGGAGAAGUGGGUGUGGCAGAGGAAGCUGAUGUACUAUUUAGCUCAAAGAUUUCCUAAAUUUCUUUCUUACUUCUACCGCAGGACUUUCCUAUCAGGGAAGCAUGGUCAGAUUGAUAAGUGGUUGUCUUUGUCACUGGGAGAGAGAGAUAAAGCUCUUAUUCAAGGACCAAAAUUUGAAGAAUUUUGGCACAGGAAUGUUGAGGAGUCAAUCCGUCAGCUAAACAUAAAACCUUUUAUAGAGGAAGCUGUACUCCAAGUGUCCCAUUGGGGUUUUAAACUGGCAGAUCUGCAAGUGCAGAAAAAGUGCCCGGGAAAGGGUUUUUUCCCCUGGCUCAAAUUCAUGUAUAAUCAGGCAGAAUGCGAAUUGACAGGGUUUCUGGGUCCAGUUCUCAUAUGGCAGGGAAUGGAUGAUCAGGUUGUCCCUCCAUCGAUGACUGACUAUGUGGCCAGAGUAUUACCAAGUGCAGUCGUGCAUAAGCUCCCAGAUGAGGGCCACUUCUCUUAUUUCUUUUUCUGCGAUGAAUGCCAUAGACAAAUAUUUUCCACUCUAUUUGGAAGCCCACAAGGUCCACUUGAGAUCACAGAGCAACCUCAACUGGAAGGUGACACCGGAGAGGUGUUGCCUCGUGCCAAUUCUGUCAGGGGAACAGACAGCUGACAAUUUUUUAAGACAUGUAAAUACCACAGAUUUGUUCGACUUCUCAGAGGAGCAAGGGCGCGCAGAUUCUGAGUUAUCUUGUUGAAGUUCUGUUGAAGUUGAACUAACCGUUACACGGCUUUUACUGGGAUGCUAGGAAGCAAAAAGGCAGUGACCUUUAAUAUGCUCUUCAUUUAUUUAGCAUGCCUUGUGCUUUCUAGAUUGUACCAAAGGAGUCCUCAGAUUUGGGGCAGUAUCCCUCUUGAUUUCUCCUCAAGAAAUCUUUAGACACUUCUCAUUGAUGAGUUAAUGUCGGGGCUGAGCCAAACUGAUUGAAGUAAAGGGGAAACUAUUACAGCAUAUUGAAAUUUGUACGAGUUCUGCAGCCGACUGGCAAAAUUGAAAGACUGCUUGAAUU